AUGGUGAGGGACAGAAAGCCAAGAAGAGAGGCCAUCGCACCUUCAUCGUCUUCAUUGUCGACGUCAUUGUGCGACUCGGAAAUGGAAGAUUUGGAACGAAUGUCCUUGGUGCCGUUGCCAUUGAUGAAGAACAACAAGAGAUAUUUAUCGAAGCAAUUAUCGAUGGUCGAGACUAACCGGGACAUGGCUUGGGAAAGAAGGCGUCGCCAGAUUCUUCGUCAAGGGAGAGGAAAGAAUGGGAUUAGUGGGAAUGGAUUGACUGAUGAGGACCUGCAUGAACUUAAAGGGUGCAUAGAGCUCGGAUUCGGAUUCAACGAAGAAGAAGGCCAAAAACUAACAAGCACAUUGCCUGCAUUAGACCUUUAUUUCGCCGUAAACCGCCAGCUUUCUCCGAGUCCGGUCUCGACCCCUCAAAGCCAAUCCUCAUCGUCGACAUUAUCGAUCAGUGAUCGGUCAUCUUCUUUAGGAAGUCCUACAAGUGAGUCAGAUUGGAAGAUUUGUAUCGCAGGGGAAGAUCCAGAGCUAGUGAAGACAAGGCUAAGGCAUUGGGCGCAGGCUGUGGCAUGUUAUGUGAUGCAAUCAUUUUAA